AUGAAGCUAUCCUCUCUCAUACUCAAAGAGCUUCUGCUUGUGAUAUCGAAUAUCCGGCUCACGGAAGCUCUAGCCUAUACACCAGACCAAGUAGGGUUCAACCUCAACGAAAAUAAGACUGCCACCAACCCCUUAGACUUUUGGGGUCAAUGGCAGGAUCAUGAGUACCACCCAUCGCCGAGCAAUUGGCGGAUGCCCUUUUAUACAGUGUUUCUCGAUAGAUUUGCGAACGGGGAUCCGUCAAAUGACGAUGCCAAUGGGACGCAAUGGGAGCAUGAUAUAUUAUCAAAUCAGUUGAGGAAUGGUGGGGAUGUCCGGGGGUUGAUGGAUAGUUUUGAUUAUCUUCAAGGGAUGGGAAUAAAGGGGCUUUAUUUAGCCGGUAUGCCACAUAUCAAUCAACCCUGGGCUGCCGAUGGAUAUUCGCCGUUAGAUCUCACGCUGUUGGACCGUCAUCUUGGUUCCAUCGAUGAUUGGCGGUUGAUGAUAGCAGAGGCUCAUAGGCGUGGGAUGUAUGUUGUUAUGGAAAAUACCAUGGCGACGAUGGGAGACCUCAUAGGCUUUGAGGGUCAUUUAAAUAGCUCAGCACCAUUUAAUGCGCACGGGUACAACCACGUAUGGAAAACUUCUCGUCGUUAUCAUGACUUUCAACCCGGAGACGAGUGGAUGAAUGAAUGCAAAUGGGAAUAUCCCAGAUUUUGGGACGAUCUUGGUCAUGAUAUUAUUGAGACUAACCUGACUAUCGGCUGUCAAAACAGUGAAUUUGAUCAGUACGGCGAAGUAUCUUCAUUCGGCGAUUAUCCAGAGUGGGAACGUCAAAUUACAAAGUUCGGCUUCGUUCAAGAUCGUCUUCGGGAAUGGCGACCUGAUGUGAGACGAAAGCUGGAGCUUUUCUCUUGCAUCACCAUAGCCAUGCUCGAUAUUGAUGGGUUUCGGAUCGAUAAAGCUUUACAGGUUACUCUUGAUGCUCAAGGAGAUUGGUCAGAUUCCAUGCGGCAAUGUGCUCGCCGAUUCAACAAGAAUAAUUUCUUCAUUCCUGGGGAAAUCGUUUCUGGGAAUUCCUUUGGUGCUUUGUAUAUUGGUCGGGGCAAACAGACUAACCAAACUCUGGAUAACAUCACAGAGGUUAUUACGAUGGCAAAUGAUUCCGUUCCUGGUCUUCAUCUGCGCUCCCAAGAAAAGUCAGCUUUGGACGCGGCGGUAUUUCAUUAUACAGUAUACAGAGCACUCACCAGGUUCCUAGGCAUGGACGGGGUUUUUGGCGCUGCAGGUGAUCCGCCUACGAACUUUGUGGAGUUAUGGAAUGGCCUGGUUCAAACAAACGACAUGGUCAAUACGAAUACUGGUCAAUUCGACCCUCGACAUUUGUAUGGCACAUCAAAUCAGGAUGUCUUCCGGUGGCCGUCUAUUACGAAUGGAGUGGAAAGACAGAUACUGGGCAUGUAUAUUGUCUCGCUGUUGUUUCCAGGGAUGCCGGCAUUAGUAUGGGGUGAGGAACAGGCAUUCUAUGUCCUGGACAACACGAAUUCCAAUUAUGUAUUCGGUCGUUCUCCCAUGACAUCUUCAUUAGCAUGGCAGUUGCAUGGUUGCUAUAAAGUUGGCUCCGUCAAAUAUUUUGAUUUUCCAACUGAUAGUGCCUUGCGUGGUUGCAUGGAUGACAGCGUUAGUCUCGACCACCGUGAUCCGACUCAUCCUGUUCGAGGACUCGUCAAGACGAUGCUCGAAAUGCGCCAGAACUAUCCAGUGCUCAACGAUGGCUUCUAUCUGGAACAGCUAUCGAAUAUGACCCAUGAUCUAUAUCUGCCGGGCAGCAAUGGUACUCGAACUGAGACUGGUUUAUGGAGCAUUUUACGCUCACGUUUCGUCGCUACUCAAGAUUUCACAGGACAAGGACAGGGCAAUCAAAGUGUAUGGCUGGUUUACCACAAUGAUAAUGUCACAGUCAACUAUGAAUUUGAUUGCUCCGAUGAGCAGCGGGCGUUGGUGUCUCCUUUCGACUCUGGUACAACAUUGAAGAACUUGUUACCUCCGUUUGAGGAAUACACUCUCGAAGCAAGCGUCCACAGGCUAGGAUUGGAAGGUUCAGCGGAAGUCAACGGUUGUCUGUCUAACAUGACACUUGCUGCUUACGGUUUCAAAGCAUUCGUACCCAAAAGUGCAUUCAUCGCUCCAUCACCCUAUAUCACAAAGUUUGAGCCUGGCCACGAUGCGCGUCUACUGUCAACUACCGCAACUGGGGAGCGAGUACCGGUCAGCUUUACUUUCUCGGAAGAAAUGGACUGCGAUACUAUCACGUCUAGACUUUCCGUUACUUCUAGUGUUCUGAAUGGGGAAGCUGCUCGAUUUGAUAACACGUCAAUAUCCUGUUAUUCAUUGACGGAAAGACAGCCAGGUCCUUAUCAGGGAACCUUUGCAGGCGUAUUUAAUUACUCCAUUGAACUCGAAAAUGUUUUUCAUGGUAUCCACGAAAUCGUUUUGAAUAAUGUCACUACCAGGGACCAAAGCCGUGCUACCAAUUCUGUGGACCAUUUCCUCAUUCGUAUUGGGUUUCAGGACAAUCCUAUGGUAUGGCCUAAGCAGGCAAACUAUAGCAAAGGUCUUCUCUACGCCGAUGAUUCAGGCGAUGGUAAUCUCUGGAUCUCCCACAAAGCUUCAGGUGCGGAUCAGUGGCGAUACUCUCUCGACUUUGGAUCCUCAUAUAGUCCUUGGAUUCCUUAUACGAGUGCCAACGUCUCCAUCGCUCCAAAGAAUUGGUCAGGGACGAGGUUACAAGCUUGGGACGGUGAACAUAUAAUCGUUCAAUAUUGGAAUAGAGUGACCGGAAGCAGCAACCACUAUCAACAUGGAGAUCUUAACUGGGAAGGUAAACCACCACGUCGCUUCCCUCAUCUUUGGAUUCAAGGCGACUUUAAUCAAUACGGGUAUGAUUCUGGGUAUCCAAGUCAAAUGCAUCUUCACGAUGACACUGGUCAGUGGGAGUACAACUUGAUGACUGAAUGGCCCACUCAUUUAUCCCUAAAUGUCUGGGGCAUAAAUGAAGAUGGGCAUCCUGAUAUCACACAAGUAUAUGGAGAUAUUGAUGGUGACAUGAUUUUGGAUCGCAUUCCUCCAAUCUCGUUAAUUAGCAACGUCAUCAACGUUACUGAACCUCCUGCAUGGCCAUUCCUCUCUUGGAAACUGUCUCUUGAUGAUGGGAACCUCCGAAUAAGCCGCAUUCCCCAUGGAUCUCAAAAGACGCAAAUUGCAAUAUUCAUUCUUCUUGGUGUUUGCCCAGUGAUAUCUGCUGCGCUGGCUGUUUGGAUAUACUUUAAAGUAUUUUACCAGGUCAAGCGCAUCGUUUUCGGUGUCACGCAGAGAAAAUUUCGUACACAUGCUCAACAAUUGACGGACGAUAGUGCAACUGAUAAUUCAUCCGGCAUAGAUGAAAAUGGUACUAGCUUUGUCAAUAUGCUGAGAAGGAAUAUCUACCGGCACCCUUCACCCAAUCCCCUUGCCCACAAUCAAGCCUUGAAUGCAGACGCCGGUGACUCGCGCAGAACGGUUCUCAUCGCAACAAUGGAAUACGAUAUCGAGGACUGGGGUAUAAAGAUAAAGAUAGGUGGCCUUGGUGUCAUGGCUCAACUGAUGGGUGCAAACCUAGGACAUCAAAAUCUCAUAUGGGUGGUCCCCUGCGUCGGAGGUGUCGAUUAUCCUGUUGAUCAGGUGGCAGAGCCUAUGAAGAUCAAAGUUUUGGAUCAGUCAUUUCUGAUUCAUGUUCAGUAUCACUACCUUCGAAAUAUCACAUACGUCCUCCUAGACGCUCCCAUUUUCAGAGCUCAAUCCAAGUCUGAGCCUUAUCCGGCUCGCAUGGACGAUCUUGACUCUGCUAUCUAUUACUCUGCGUGGAACUCUUGCAUUGCAGAAGCCCUGCAAAGAUUUCCAGUAGACCUCUAUCAUAUAAAUGACUACCAUGGUGCGGUUGCGCAACUUCACCUCCUUCCUAGAACGAUCCCAUGCUGCCUAUCUCUUCAUAAUGCAGAGUUCCAAGGCCUUUGGCCGAUGAGGACUACUCAAGAAUGUGACGAGAUUUCUCAAAUUUUCAACUUGGACUCUGUUAUUGUCAAGAAAUAUGUGCAAUUUGGCGACGUCUUCAAUCUUCUACAUGCAGCAGCAACAUACUUACAAAUUCAUCAGAAUGGCUAUGGUGCAGUGGGAGUAUCAAGAAAAUACGGUAAACGGUCCUGGGCGAGAUAUCCCAUAUUCUGGGGCUUGAGAGAAGUUGGCUCUUUACCCAACCCGGAUCCUUCAGAUACUGCAGAAUCGAAUCAGGAUUCCCAGAUCACAGAAGCACAGGUUGACCCAGAAUUCGAAGCAAAGCGCUCGGAAAUGAAAAGUGAAGCACAAGCAUGGGCCGAUCUUAGACAAGACCCUAACGCAGAGCUUUUUAUUUUUGUUGGAAGAUGGUCAAUGCAAAAAGGUAUUGAUCUUAUUGCUGACGUCUUCCCUUCGAUUAUGGAAAGUUCUUCCGCGACACAACUCAUUUGUGUUGGGCCUGUGAUCGAUUUGUACGGUCGAUUUGCAGCUAUCAAGCUGAGUAAGAUGAUGGAAAUGUACCCCGGGAGAGUAUUUUCCAAGCCUGAAUUCACUGCUUUACCGCCUUGUAUAUUCAGCGGCGCUGAUUUUGCCCUGAUACCUUCGCGAGAUGAGCCGUUUGGACUUGUGGCUGUGGAAUUUGGUAGGAAGGGUACUCUUGGGGUCGGAUCAAGAGUUGGUGGUUUAGGGCAGAUGCCAGGGUGGUGGUACACCAUUGAAUCCAUGACAUCUAAGCACCUCAAUCGCCAAUUCAAACAAGCAAUAUAUGAAGCAUUACACUCAAACACACCAGAUCGAGCUAUCAUGCGUGCGUGGUCAAGAAAACAAAGAUUUCCAGUAGCUCAUUGGAUCGAGAGCCUGGAAAGUCUCCAUGUUACUUCAAUUGCAAAGCAUCGCAAGCACUCAAGGCAAGAGAACCCUUCGAGACCAAAUUCAAUAGUACGAAUGAGUCUCUCGACGAUUAGUCGAACAAGUAUGCAGACUCCUGUCCAGCCAGUGGAGUUCCUGAGACAAAUCGGUCAUUACCGGAGGACGAAUCAGCCAAGACCAGGGCUUCACAGGAGGGCAACGUCACAAGCUGUCAGUUUAUUCAGUAUUGAGAAUGGGAACUCGUCGACUGAAGGGGGUAGUUCUCAGUCAAUGGACGGUCAGGCCAGCGUUGACCACCAAUGGCCUUUACAAGUGCCGCGUGCCGUGACGUACCCAUGUUCAGAAGCCUCUGAGCAACCAACUAUUACACGGAUAAGUGGCAAUGAAUCCUCUGGAACCAGUACAACACCCAGUUUAGAAGGUAAUAGCUCCCAAAAUGCCUCGGUACUUGAUCAGAUCCGUGCAGUUCCCGAAGAUGCUAUGAGUAGUCGUCUUUCGAUACGUGAACAAAACCGGAAUUCUUCAAGUUUGAGUUUACUGAGCGUAGACAACAUUAUUCGUGAAGAUCACACAUUCAAUCUACAAAAGGUGAAUCCAUUCUUUACCGAUUCCUCUGGGCGGUAUGCUCAGAGAUUUGAAAAACGGCUCCAACAUCUCAAUGGGAAGAAUUCUGAAGACCAGCUUUGCAUCGAGCAAUUUUUGUCAAAGAGUGAAAAGGAGUGGUUCAAGAUGUAUCGUGAUAUGAAACUAGGUCGAAGCCGAAGUCCCAGCCGAGCAGUAACGCCUGUGUUCCCAACACUUGCUCAUAUUGCAUCUUCAAAAGAGGAUGUUGAUUCCAGUACCCCGGCUUCUGACGGUUCCCUCGAAGGAGGCAAUAUGUCAGAGGAAGAGCUCAAACUUCCUGACGGUUAUGUUCCGCCUUCUGGGUUGAAGAAAUUUAUGUUAUAUCGAGUUGGGGAUUGGCCAGUUUAUUCUAUACUCCUUUCAUUUGGUCAAAUAAUUGCAGCAAACUCUUAUCAAAUCACCCUUCUCAAUGGUGAAGUAGGAGAGCCCUCUGAGAAGUUGUACCUGAUUGCUACCAUCUACCUCAUUUUCUCAAUCGUGUGGUGGAUAGUAUUUCGUUCUCUCAGGUCAAUAUUCGUCUUGUCUGUUCCAUUUUUGCUAUACGGUCUAGCAUUUACUUUUAUCGGCAUUUCUCCAUUUGUCACCGUCUCGACUGGACGAUGGUGGAUGCAGAACGUCGCCACGGGGCUGUAUGCAGCUGCAUCCUCUAGCGGAUCCAUAUACUUUGCACUCAAUUUCGGCGAUGAAGGCAACGCUUCAGUCGGAUCUUGGGUAUACCGUGCCUGUGUCAUCCAAGGGACCCAGCAGAUCUAUGUUUCGUUCCUCUGGUACUGGGGCAGCAGACUAGCUGCCGCAUCUCAGGCAGGACUCACAGGGACCAGUUUGGCAGACUCUCAUCCUAUAUUGCUGACAGGCGUCGGUCUAGGAAUUGCAGCCAUUAUGUGGAUAGUCGGUGCAGUCCUAUUCUUAGGGUUACCAGAUUACUAUGCCCAAGCCCCUGGUAAAGUGCCGGCAUUCUAUAAAUCGCUUCCACGGCGUAAAAUCGUCUUGUGGUUUUUCUACGCAGUCUUCAUCCAAAACUACUGGCUCUCAGCUCCCUACGGCCGGAACUGGCUCUACCUCUGGUCCAGCAAACACGCACACUCAUGGAUGAUCACCGUAAUGGUCCUGAUCUUCUUCAUCGGCAUCUGGGCCAUUGUCCUCUUGAUACUGGGCAUUCUCUCCAAACGACAUGCAUGGUUUGUGCCUAUAUUCGCUAUUGGACUUGGCGCGCCGAGGUGGUGUCAAAUGCUCUGGUCGACUUCGAAUAUUGGGUCGUAUGUGCCUUGGGCUGGGAGUCCGGUGGUUAGUACACUUUUUGGGAGGGGGUUAUGGUUAUGGCUUGGUGUUCUGGAUGCGUUGCAGGGUGUUGGAUUCGGCAUGAUCCUCCUAAACACCCUAACCCGCUUCCACAUCGCAUUCACCUUACUAGCAGCCCAAGUCAUCGGUUCCAUUGGCACAAUCCUCGCUCGCGCCACAGCACCCGACAACACUGGACCGGGGGAUGUAUUCCCCGAUUUCUCGGCAGGUGUACGUGAUGCCUUCUCCAAGGCAGAUUUUUGGGUUUGUUUGUUAUUUUUGUUAUCUAUUAAUGUCCUCUGUUUUCUGUUCUUUCGGAAGGAACAGUUGCAGAAACCUUGAUUGGGAGAUUAUAGGCUGGUUGAAUUCAUUCUUUUUGUUUGGUAAUAAGAAGCGUUUUCGGAUUCAUCCGAUGUCCAUUCUUUGAUAAAUCAAGCCUAUUAUAUUUUCAUUUCGCGCAUAUAAAAUGUUUAUGCCUAGUUAGUACUUGGAAAUCAUAUACAACUUAUUCCCUUCUCUAUGAGGGAGUGUUU